AUGUCAAAUGCGUACACUUUCACGCGCCACGUUAUAAAUGAGCUGCGAUAUCGACUCCACUCCAUCCAUUUUCUGCAUCUCCUAAGGUACAAGUUCGGUCGGUCAUCCGUUUAUGUAAGACUGAGCUCAGCUAGCGUCUAUAUUAGACACAAGGCCUUAGAACGACAGUUUCCUUAUCUCCGCAUCCACAGGACAACUGUUGCUCCGCAGAAGCGACACAACCUUGAUGCAGGGCUGACUUCAAAUCGACGCUGCCUAUCAGCUUUGUGCCUCCACAGUGGCCUUUCUUUUGGCGUCUCCAUGUUGGCUGUGACCCGCGGAAUUCAGACUUUCAUAUUUUCGUGA